GGCGGCGUCGAGGAUGUCGAGCGACGAGGGCGAGAAGAAGCUGCACAGCGGCUACCACGGCUGGAUGAAGACCAUCCCCAAGACGUCGCAGGACUUCACCCCCGUGCGGAUCGACAACUCGGAGGCGGUGGCGGCCCCCGUGAGUCGGAGCGACUCGAGCUCGGUCUGGAACUCUGCGGGCACGUGGGAGGAGCGCGACAAGUCCGAGUGGGCUCGUGAGCGCCUGAAACACCACAUCCUGACGUCCUUCAGCUUCGACGACGAGUCCAUCAAGGCUACGUCCGUUGUGCGCUGCGACGGAGAGGCCAAGCUUGUGUUUAGUCGCGGCAAGAAGCGCUGCGGCUACGAGCUGUCGGUCAAGUUUGCGUGGGAGAGCGGCGACGUGUCGGGCCACGUGGAGCUGCACGACUUUGACGACACGAGCGGAGACGACUACGAGGUGCUUGUCACGGUGGACGGCAACAGUCAGAGCGAGCUCGCCGCGAAGAAGGCGGUGCUGGGCAAGGAGCCUGAGCUGCGCAAGCUGCUCGCUCUCUGGAAGGAGGAGCUGCUGCAGCAAUAAAUCAAUUCAAUACAUUUGUGUACACUGCACUGUGUGCGCGAUUUUCACAGACU